AUGACUACUGAAGAACCUUCACCUCAUUCCCACGAUCAUAUCGAGCAUAAUCAUUCCAAGGAAAAUCCAAAUAAAAUAACUAGUAUGCUUCAUUCUAUGGCCAUGUAUUUCCAUUUUGGUUCAAAGGAAUCUAUCCUUUUUAGUUUUUGGAAUACGGAAUCUGCCUUAGGUAUUUUUGGCUCUUGUCUAAUUAUUUUUAUUUUUUGUCUCUGUUUGGAAUUUACUCGUUUAUUUCGCAUUUAUCGAAAAAAGAAAUUAUUUAAUAGACAAGAUGGAAAUUUAUCGACAACUGACUCAACUAUUGGUUUUACUACUAUAAGAAGGCCAAAUUUGGGCAAUUUAAUUGAUAUGUGUCUUCAUGCAAUUCAAUUAACUCUUAGUUAUAUGCUUAUGUUGAUUUUUAUGACAUUCAAUAUUUGGCUAUGUGUUUCGGUUGUUUUGGGCGAAGUUUUGGCGAGAAUGAUUUUAAGUUUAUUUUUUCCAACGAUGGAUUUAUUUGUAACUUUCUUUGGUGCUUCGGUUGAACCAUGUUGUGGAUAA